ACUCCAUGAGAAACCAGCCACCUCAAUAAUUCAUAAAUUUUGUUUAAAACCCAAAUUUGUUCUUGCCUUUUCUUCAACUAAACCAAAAGAGCACAACUUUUGAUCCAAAAAAAAAAAGAUGGACUUUGAAGAUGAAGGAUGGGUGAACGUACCAUAUGAUGGACUUCUUGAAGUCCAUGAUGAUGGAGGGAAGAACUUUUUUUCAAGAAAGUUUGUAAGGAGUCCUAAGAAUUAUUUCAAAAUGGAUUACUUCGAUUCCUCACAAAAAUCCCAAGAAUUUGUCGACUCGUCAUUGGAAGAUGAUUCAAUACAACGAAACAAAUUGAUCACUUUCCCAAUUCAAUUGGAUGAUCAUCAAAUUGUUGAUCAAAAUGAAGAGGAAGUGAAAGAAAUAAUCAAACUUCCAAUUUUGAUCGACGACGAGCUUAAAGAAGCUCAAGAAGCUGAUCUUGAUCCGAUCUUCAAAGUUUUCUUUAAGAAAGAAAACGAAUUUGUCGAAAUGAAAAUGGACUCUCCAAGAUCAAGUUCUCGGAGAAUGAAUAUUCCUUAUAUUGAAACAGACAUGUUUCAAUACGAGGACACUGGUGAUGAUCAUAUAUUCAAUUGUUCAUCACCAUCAAAAGUGGUGAUUGAUGAGGUUGACAAGGUGACCAAAGAAGAAAGCAAUGAAGGAUUGAAUAUUUGGAAACGAGGUCUAAAUGGAAUUGGUACCAUUUGCUCCCUUGGUAUGGUUGCUGCCACCAUUUGUAUCAUCAUUUUUGGAAAUGGUCAUAGGCACAAACAAAAUCACAAGAUUAGGAUUCAGUUAUACUCUGAUGAUAAGAGAAUAAAAAAAGUGGUUCAACAUGCAAAUGAAGCAAUGUCAGCAGUGAGAGGAGUUCCUUUAACCACAGCCCAUAUCACAUAUGGAGGACACUAUGAGGGCUUUUUAGCUUAAAGUUGGCGUCUAAUUAUCAAAAUAUAACCAUGUUUCGACAAAUAUGACUUGAAAUUACUAUACGUUGCAAGGAUUACCAGUGACGGACAAAAAACUUCAAUGUAUUUUAUACGAGUUCUAUUUUUUGUCCGGCAUUGUGUAUCCUUGCAGAGUUUAGCAUUUUUUUUUGUGUAUUUUUGAACGAACGAUGGUUAUUUUGAUGUAAAAAAUGAGAACAGUAGCUCAAAUAUAGCAUACAAGUUAAGUAUAUUUUUAGCUUUAAUUUGUUAUCAGAUGUAUAGCGAAUAAUUUCCAUAGUUGUAUUGUGUAUAUAUACGUCUCUAUAAAUAGAAUGUGUCUUUAAAAUA